AUGUUUGAAUGCAGAAUAGAUGGACAAUUUUUUAAGAAAUUAUUUGAAACAUUAAAAGAUAUAUGUACAGAAGUGAACUUAGAAUGUGAUGAGAAUGGAAUUAAAAUGCAAUCAAUGGAUUGCAGUCAUGUAUCAUUAGUUGAUUUAAAUAUUGUAUCAGACUUUUUUCAACAUUACAGAUGUGAUAAAAAUUGUGUUCUUGGCAUAAGUAUAAAUUUUAUGUUAAAAAUAUUAUCUGUAAUAAAAGAAAAGUCAACUGUGUUUUUGUUUAAAGAAGAUAAUGAAAAUGAUGCUGUCUUAAAUAUUGGAAUAAUAGAUGAAGAAGAACAAUCGAGUUCAGACGAUUCAUUAGAAAUCCAAGUUAAAUUAAUUAAUGCACAAAAGGAACAUCUAGAAAUACCUCAAUCUGAAUAUCAUUGCCAAUGUACAAUGAAGUCAAAAAAAUUUCAAGAAUUCACAAAAUAUUUAAAUUCAAUUGGGGAUAAUGUAUCCAUAUCAAUGAAAAAAGAUACUAUGAUUUUAAGUACAACAGGAUCUGAUAUAAAAGUAACAAAACAAUUUACAAAUGAUAUGACAGACGUAUCAAUAACUUGUACUAAAUCUGUCUCACAAGAAUUUGCCACAAGAUAUUUAGUGAUGUUUUCAAGAGCUUCAUCUUUAUCCGAUGAAGUUUUAAUAUCCCUAUCACCAAAUAUACCAAUAUCAAUUAAAUUUAAUUUUAAACAACAAAUAGCAGACUUACAAGAAAAUUCUCAUUUAACUUUCUUCUUAGCACCAAAAAUCGGAGACUAUUAA